GUCCACCUGUCCGGCUUCAGAGGAGAGUCAGGCCGAGUGCUGAGCGAGGACACACCUGGACGCCGUCGUAAAGCAGCAGAAAAUGUCUCACCAAACUGGAAUUGAUGCAACUUCUGAACUGAAAGAGUUCCUGGCACGAGCGAGAGGAGGCUCCAUCCGAAUCAUGAAGAUUAUCAUCAGAAACGAGGAGUUGGUUCUAGACUCAUGCAGGGAGCCCGUCCACAGCUGGGAGAAGGAUUAUGAUCAGUUUCUGCUACCUCUGCUCACACCACAGCAGCCAUGCUACAUCCUCUACCGGCUGGACUCCAAGAACUCGCAGGGAUACGAGUGGAUCUUCAUCUCGUGGUCUCCUGAUCAUUCACCCGUCAGGCAAAAGAUGAUGUACGCCGCCACCCGUGCCACCCUGAAGAAGGAGUUUGGAGGAGGCCACAUCAAAGAUGAAAUGUUUGGUACCGUUGAGGAGGACCUGUGUUUCCAGGGUUACCUGCGCCACAGAUCCUCCUGCUCGUCUCCCGCUCCUCUGACAGCAGCUGAGCAGGAGCUGCAGCGAAUCAGGGUCACAGAGGAUAAAGUGGUGUGGGAUGAGCGCAGACGGAUUGGGACUCCUACAGCCCGGGCGAGGGUCACUAUGGAAUUUGGCUUAGAUAAGAGAGCACAGACUCUUCAGGGUCUGUCAUUUCCUUUACAAGAAGAGGCCAAACGAGCUCUGCAGCAGCUAAAGCACAAACGCAUCAACUACAUCCAGCUGAGGCUGGAUGUUGACAAAGAGACCAUCGAGCUGGUUCACACCAAACCAACGGAAAUCCAUGAGCUUCCCUUCAGGAUUCCCACAGAUUCCCCGAGAUACCACUUCUUUGUCUUCAAGCAUUCCCAUCAAGGCCAGCUGGAUGAGGCGCUUGUGUUCAUAUACUCCAUGCCCGGAUACACGUGCAGCAUCAAGGAGCGGAUGUUGUACUCCAGCUGCAAGAACCGGCUACUGGAUGAGGUGGAGAGAGACUACCAGCUGGAAGUCACCAAGAAGAUGGAGAUAGACAGUGGUGACGGCCUGACGGAGGAAUUCCUGUACGAAGAGGUUCAUCCCAUGGAGCACACCCUAAAGCAGGCCUUUGCUAAACCUCGAGGGCCCGGAGGGAAGAGGGGCAACAAACGGCUCAUCAAGGGCGCCGGGGAGGAUAACUAGAUAAAUGGAGAUGUUUAAGAAUUGA